AUGCCGGAGCCACCGCUGGGCAGCUCCGCUUCGGGAGUGGAAGGAAACCACGUUUGCCUUGCCAAGGAAAACCUGGAGGCUCCAGCCGGUGAGGCUGAUCCCAUGCGAGGUUCCCAGGCUGCCGGCAAAUCCUUACGGAGCGGCCGAGGGCAGCGAGGAGCAUCGCAGGAGCUCAACGAGGGCAGAGCGAGCAGGUUGGGAGGCGCUGCGGCGACCCGACCUCCUUUGGCCCGCCGCUUCCCCUCCGCAGCCCACCGGCUCCACAAGAUGGCGACCGCGGGCUCCUCCGGCCUCCCCAAGAUGGCGGCGGGUGGCGCCGCGCGAGGCGGGAGCCCCACGGAGAGCCCCGGCUCGCCUCUCCCGGGGCGGCGGCGGCGGGAGCGGCUUCUCGGGUACUGCGCGGAGGGGUCCCUGGAGGGCCGCAGCCCGGAGGCCGCCUCUGCUGAGCCCGCGGGGGAAGCGUCGCCUCCGGCCCAGAGCCAGCAGCCAGGCCAGGUAAGAGGGUGGCGGCCGGGGCGGAAAGCAGCUGAGAGACAGCCCUCAAAGAGGCUAAAAACUGAACAUCCCAGUCCAGUGGAAUUUGAGCUAGAAUUUCUACGUAGAAGUAGCGUCCUUUCUGCGUAUGUGCAGAUGCUUCCAACAGCGGAUGAGGAUCAAUGGUCAGAGGAUUCAGGAGACCAUGAUGUAAUUCAACAGCAAAAAGGUGAAAGCAUUCCAGAGGCUAAUAGAGAGGAACAGGAAGAGGAGCAUAAAGCGUCUCCCAAGGCACAUGCGGUGAAAUCAAGCGAUGCUGCCUCAGCUGCCUCAGAAACGGAGAGUGGUGAAGAUGCGUGUGGUUGUGUCUGCAGUGAAGAGGGCAGCUGUGAGAGUGCCCUUUCCGAUGGGUCUGGCUCGGAGGACACUGCUCUCCCAACGAAGCCGAUGCGCCUGGACAGCAGCGCCUUCUUGGAUGAGGACAGCAACCAGCCGAUGCCCAUGGACCGGUUCUUUGGAGAUGUGGAGGAUCUCCCAGCAGUUGCUCUCCCAAGCACAACGAUGAGCAGGCGAGAACUCCGAAAGCUCCAUUUCAUUGCAAAGGAAGAGGAGGAGGAGGAGGAGGAGGAGGAGGAAGAGGAUGUUGUCUAACAGCAAAGUGUAAAUAACCCCUUUCUCAUUGCAACCACGUGAUGCUGGUUGGCUGUUGCUAACAUAAGGUGUCUGCGUUUGCCUUUUCUCAGAGAGAGAGGUGGUGGUUUGUUUUCCUGGAGUUGGCAGAUACAGGAUUCUCCCACAGUUGUCUGGGGCUAAGAUUGACUGAAUUGUCAGUGAUUUGGAAAGAAAUUCUAAGUUAGCGUUUUGCCACUAAUGUUUAGGAAAAAACCUGGGAAAAUGGAAGCUCUCAGAGCUUGCUUAUGGUUUUGGGGCCCUGCCUAGGGUGAACACUUGGUCUCACUCCUUUUUCAGAAAUAGCCAAUGAAACCAGGUUAGAACAAGUUCCUUUUGCUAUCCAUUCUAUGGUGUCUGCCUUUGUGGCAUCCUGUUAGUAAUGCAGCCAGUUGACUCCCCAGAACCAAGAGGGACACCUCUGUUGUGUGUGCUGCACUGUUUGUAUCUAAACCAGAACCAGUUAAACCUCUGAAAUGUUGUUCUGUUGGUAAAGCUAAAUACAUGGAUUUGGUGUGAGGGCAGUGAUGGUAAUCUCUGGAAGUCAAGUAGUUGUUAUUGCAUGUCAGUUCUCUUAAUAACCACCACAUGGAGCUGGCUGCCUCCCUCUUCCACUAGAGCAGCUGUGAGCAGUGCCUGUGGCAACAUAGGCAGUAUUUUCAGUUGACUUCCCAGGGUUAGGAAUAGGGAUUUUGUACACAAAUGCAUCAGUGGUGAUAAAGGAGGAAUAAAACUGCUCAGUGUGAGGCUGGAUCUGUAGGUGAGUGAGUAUUGCCCAUUAAGGAUGGGGGGCAGCCCACCACAUUUGUUGUUCUAGCCUACAUUUGUACCCAGUAAUGAGUAAUUUCAGAUGGUUUGGGAACUGUGAACUCCCCCAGUGUUUAUGAUAAUACAUCUUUGAAAGGUUGAUUAUGUGAUAAGCUCCCAGAUCUUUAUUGUUACAGUUUCUUCUCCUUUUCUGUAAAAUAUAGAGAAAAUGUUAUCAGCAGAUGGUUUAAAUAAAUAUUAAUUUCUACAGCUACA